AUGAUAAUACUGGCGUACCGUGGGACUGCUACUACUUACGGAAAGCAACAGCUCUAUGAUGAAAUUGUUUCAGUUUUGACAAAACCAAAAACAUCCUUUAUAAUCGGAGGGGAAGUCCAGCAUUAUUUUAAACAGGCAUAUGACAAACUGUUCCCAUGUGUUCGCAGUAGUGUAGAAGAAUUGAUCAGGAAAUAUCCGGAUUACGAUGUUUUAAUAAUUGGCCAUUCACUUGGAGGGGCGAUAGCUUCACUUACCGCCGCGUCACUUAUAUAUACAGGCGUUGUACGUGAAAAUAAAUUGCCUUUAUACACUUUUGGAAUGCCAAGAGUUGGAGACAAGGACUAUGCCCUUAGUCAUGACAGAAUUGUAAACAAUAGUUGGCGUGUCGUUCACGGUAGAGAUAUAGUCGCACAUCUUCCAACUUGCAACUUAUUGUUUGGAUGUAGAGUAACAGCAAGUGGUCCAUACCAACAUCGCACAGAAAUUUUCUACAAAGCAGAUCCUAUGACCAUAAGUUCCACCUAUAAACAGUGUGAAGGGAAUGAAGAUGACCGAUGUAGUAACGGUCUUAUAACUAAGAACUGGUGUGUACCGGGUGUAGAUUUAGAUGAGUGCAUUGACUAUCAUAAAGUUUACUUUGGAAUUCCAGUCGGUACUUACUGUAAUGAAAAAGGCUCUCGAAGAAAACGCAGCGCAACUGAGCGCUCGCGGAUGUGGGAUAAAUUCUCAAGUGAUGAAUGCAGGCGAAUAAAUAUACCGAAAGGUUCUACAGUCAACGCCGCAAUUGAAGCGUGCAAAAUGCGAGAAAGCAUCUUAAUUUUCAUAACAUUAUUGAUUUUUGAAAAUGCUUGGAUCUAA